AUGGGUGCAAUUUUUGAUGAUACCCAUCGGUCACAGUAGACGGUGUCGUGAUUUCACUCGUCAGUCUAGUCAGUGCGUACUUCGAUUGAUUCCCUUGCGGGCUUUCGAAGUCGUUCGAGAAGAGAACUACACAAACGACACGGAAGACCAGUGUCCAGUGCCAAGCUGCUGUAAGAUCCUACCUUGAACUUGAUUGAUAUGCUACUUUCGUAGAGCAAUAUAUAUUACUAGUGCGAACGUUUGCUAACUCUUCCAAAAUGGCCGAAACAAAAAAGGAUCCUGAUGGGGUUGGUGUUCAAAUCGAGACCCCUUCACCCGGGCCACCCAACUCGAUUUUGAACAUGAAUAUCAGCACCAUCAAUCUUCCCGUUCCGCUAUCGAUGGAUGAGAAAAAGUACCUGCUGGCAGUGGAACGAGGUGAUAUGGCGACCGUUAAGAGGAUUCUCCAACGCGCCCAUCGUAAACAACAUAUCAAUGUGAAUUGCGUUGAUUCGCUGGGUCGUGGCGCAUUAACACUCGCAAUCGAUGGCGAAAACCUGGAGAUGGUGGAGUUAUUGAUCAUCAUGCAGGUUGAAACGAAGGAUGCUCUUCUGCUCGCCAUUAAUGUGGAAUUCGUGGAGGCGGUCGAGCUACUGCUAGAGCACGAGGAACUGAUCCGAAAGGAGGGAGAACCAUACAGCUGGCAAAAGGUCGACAUCAGUACCGCCAUGUUUAUGCCGGAUGUUACCCCUUUAAUGCUAGCUGCCCAUAAAAAUAACUAUGAAAUCCUAAAAAUACUUCUGGAUCGAGGUGCAACUCUCCCUAUGCCUCACGAUGUGAAAUGUGGUUGUGAUGAUUGUAUCAAACGUUCCACGGAGGAUUCGCUGCGUCACUCGCUAGCUCGUGUUAAUGAGUACCGUGCUCUAGCUAGUCCUUCGCUGAUCGCCCUUAGCUCGCAAGAUCCCCUGCUGACCGCAUUUCAACUAUCAUGGGAGCUUCGCAACCUAGCCUUCGCUGAACAGGAGUGUAAAUCAGAAUAUCUUGAACUUCGCCGGCAGUGUCAAAAGUUUGCGGUAGACUUGCUAGAUCAGUCACGAAGUUCUCAGGAAUUAGCCAUAAUUUUGAACUAUGAUCCAGAAUCACCACCCUACAUGGACGGAGAUCACAUGAAGCUGGCGCGACUUGAGUUGGCAAUCAACUAUAAACAGAAAAAGUUUGUGGCCCACCCGAAUAUUCAGCAACUCUCAGCUGCUAUGUGGUACGAAGGUGUUCCAGGAUUUCGCCGAAAGUCUGCUAUUCAGAAGAUGUGCAUCAUCUUCAAAGUAGCAUUGCUGUUCCCCCUAUACUGCAUGAUGUACAUGAUCGCACCAAACUGUGAGACCUCCAAGUUUAUGCGGAAGCCGUUCAUGAAGUUUUUAAUACAUGCUUCAUCCUAUUUGUUCUUCCUAUUUCUGCUAAUCUUGGUAUCCCAGAGAGCCGAGGUACAUCUGGUGGAAAUGUUCGGAACGGAAAGCAUGAAACGGGAACUGGAAGCGGCAUUGGCACGGCAACGUGGAAAUGGACCAACGUAUCUUGAGUGUCUCGUCGUGAUCUACGUGCUCGGAUUCAUUUGGGAGGAAAUGCAGGAGAUAUACCUCGAAGGCAUACAAAGCUAUCUUCGGAACAUGUGGAAUUUCAUAGAUUUUUCCAGAAAUUUCUUGUAUUGCUGUGUUGCGUUAUUGAGGGCCGUCGCCUACAUUCAGCAAACGUCGGAGAUCGCAAAGGAUCCCAGCACGGCUUACAUUGCCCGGGAGAAUUGGGACGAUUUUGAUCCACAGUUGAUCGCGGAAGGUCUGUUUGCGGCAGCUAACGUUUUCUCCGCACUGAAGCUGGUCCAUCUGUUUUCGAUCAACCCGCACUUGGGACCACUGCAGAUCUCGCUCGGUCGAAUGGUUAUCGAUAUCGUCAAGUUUUUCUUCAUCUACUCAUUGGUCUUGUUCGCGUUUGCCUGCGGUCUCAAUCAGCUGCUGUGGUACUUCGCGGAUUUGGAAAAGUCUAAAUGCUACAGCUUGCCAGGAGGACUGCCAGAUUGGGAUGGCCAAGGCGAAGCGUGUAUGAAAUGGAGACGAUUUGGAAAUCUGUUUGAAUCGUCACAAUCUCUAUUCUGGGCAAGUUUCGGUAUGGUAGGAUUGGAGAGUUUCGAGCUGGCCGGCAUCAAGUCAUACACCCGGUUCUGGGGUCUGCUAAUGUUUGGUUCGUACAGCGUGAUCAAUGUGAUUGUUCUGUUGAAUCUACUCAUCGCCAUGAUGUCCAACUCGUAUGCCAUGAUUGACGAGCACUCGGAUACGGAAUGGAAAUUCGCCCGUACUCGGUUGUGGAUGAGCUACUUCGAGGAAAGUUCGACACUGCCACCGCCGUUUAACAUCUUUCCCACGAUGAAGCAUGUGAUGCGGUUGUUCGGGAGGAAAAAGAAACGGGACAUCAAGCGGGAGUCGAAAAUUCGCCACAAGGAGGACCAGGAACGAGCCGAACGGUAUAGUUCUGUAAUGCGGGCACUUGUUUGGCGAUAUGUUUCGGCUAAGCAUCGCAAGAUGGAAGAGGCAGCCGUCACGGAAGACGACAUUAACGAAGUUAAGGGAGAUAUAUCUGCUCUUCGGUACGAGCUGUUGGAGAUUUUCGAGAAGAACGGAAUGGAUGUUUCGGCUGCUGAUCGCAAGGAAAAGGCCGUCCUUGCCAAACACAUGAAGGAUUGGGAACGUCGCUUGAUGAAGGACUUCCACGUGGCCCCGAUCGACAUUCAGGGUGAUAUACCGGAAGAACCGGAGGACAUAGAAGAGGAAGUAGAUCCCACUCCGUUAGCGAGAUUCCGUCGCAUUGCCCAGAAGGUUGCUAGCCAAACCACCUCGGCCAAGUGGGGCCAGCUAAUGACUGGAAUGGGCAUCGAGCCUAACUCACAGAUCGGAAAGUGCAAAACACGCGAUAGCUACCGCCAGCAGCAACAUUUGCAGAAGGCAAUGUAUGAGGCACAGCGUCUGGUGCAACGUAGCCCAAUAUGCCACUCCGGGAGUGCAACUCCAACGAUGGAAAUAUAUCAUGAUGAAACUACCAACACUCUGUUGCAACUGAUCAAUCAACUUACUGAGGAAACUAGUCGUAUACCCCCUGGAAAUACACUGCACGCGCCAACUCAGAAUGGUCGCUCGACAACUCCACUGGAGGUUUUGACCGCUCAGCUUCAAGUAGCUCUAAGUAAAACAGCUACCCCGACGAUGAUGAAAUCACCAAAAUGUGACACUAGAGGGAAGUCUUCUUCUGCAAGUGUAAACCACACUACAACUUCAGGAUCUCGCUCAGAACACAAGUCCUCAAUAUCUCCGGAACAAUCAAAACCGACUCUUGACGUUAUUCUGCCUCAAACUAUUAUGUCACCACCUCCCACCAAAGUCAACUCUCCUCCAAUCCAAUCUCCUCCACCGACAAUCCAUGUUACAGGUUCUGCGCCGACUAAAUCGCAGUCUACUGUAACCAACCAACUUUCCGAUGCUAGAAAGUCUCCCGAGGAUAAACCAAUAGAAGACACCGUCAAUUCUGAUGAUCCUUUACCACUAGUAUCCGGAGUAGGCACUCUAUCCAAAGUGAUCAAGCGAAAGACCCCUACGCCAACAUCACCGGAAGGAGACAUCGCUCUUUCUCGUCCUACGGCUAACAAAACACAGCUAGGUCAGGGAAUGAUUCCCCCUCCUCCAUCUAAAGAUGAUCAUUCUCUCUCCACGAUGAUGAUUCCGGUUCUGUUCACUACUCCGGCUACCCCUCUGCCACCACACAAAACAGUUGAAACCGUUCCACGGCCAGCACCGCCAGCUCCAGCUCCACCGAAAGUUGCCAGCAAGCCUCCGUCUCCUCUUCAACCGACACAGGUUGUCCUUUCUUCGAAAACGAAGAAAUCACCUUCCCCUCCACCUGCUGCGAGCAUUAAACCUGACCCGGAGUCUCCACAAAAGCAGAUAGAUGUAACUUCUAGCACGGAGCAAUUGAUCGCCACCGGAAGUGGAGAUCCUUCGACAGAUGCUGCCCGGGCCGCUUUAUCUCCACCGUGCCAACGAUCGACCAAUAAAAUUGCUGACGUAAACACGCUGAAACGGCAGACGAGGUCUAGAUGGUUGUGAAGCGAGUUACCUUGCUAUUCGUUUGACUAAUGGUUAAAGAUGCCGUACUGACAGGUACUCUGUUCUGUUGGAGAUCAAUAAAAUCAAUUAAAAGGAAACAAA